AUGGGACCAUUAAAACCUCCAGGACCAUUUCCAAAAGACCCUCAUCAGAGCAACAAGAGUUUUUCUGAAUCAUAUUAUAUUUUUCAAACUAAAUAUGGACCAGUUAACCGUUUUUGGCUGUGUUAUUCCCCAUUGCUAGAUGCAACCUAUUGUCAACCGUUUUGGUUGUUUUCUUUGCAAAGAAGUACUUGGUGUACGGGUCUUCGAGACUGGAAGUAUUUAUCAGAAGGAAUUAAGGAACAUGGUUUUUCGAAAAACCAUAUUGAGGCAUGUGCUGUAUACGAAAUGUGGCAAAAAAAUAUAAAUAUUGACAAGGAUCUUGAAAAUCAAAUUCGUAAAGAAGCAUCAUUUUGGAGAAUGGUUCAUCAAAGGUUAUUUGAUAUUAUAAUUACUCUUGCAACUAAUUCUUUGGCAUUAAGAGGACAUCGAGAGGAUUUAAGUCUAGAAGGAUAUCACGGCAAUUUUUUAUCAAUUGUACAACUUGUCUCCAGAUAUGAUCAAGUCCUAAAUCAAGUUUUGGAAAUGCCAAAAGGAUCAACGAGGUAUCUCAGUCCAACCGUUCAAAAUGAAAUGAUUGAGUGUAUAGGUAAGACACUUGAAGGCCAUUUAUUGGAAAACAUUAGAGCAUCGCCAUUUUUCGCUAUUAUUAUGGAUACCACGCAAGAUUUAGCAAAAGUAGAUCAACUGAGCAUUGUUGUAAGGUACGCAGCAAUAUCCAGGUCUGAAAAUGGGCAGCCAGUCGAUAUAAAAGUAAAAGAAGUGUUUCUCGGUUUUUAUGCUGUCACUAAGCAUAGUGCUGUAGAUUUAGUUAAACAGGUGAUUACAUUAUUUUCCCAUAAAAAUCUUGAUUUAAAAAAGUGUGUAGGCCAAGGUUAUGAUGGGGCAAGUGUAAUGAGUGCUUUUAACUCAAAAAAUGUUGACGAACGCAAUGAAGCAGAUAAUAUUAAAAAAAAAUUGUUUAAAUUUGAAUUUGUGUUGCUUUGUGAAUUCAUGUACUAUGUUUUAAACAACAUAAAUUAUGCAUCCAAAAUUUUACAAAAAGUUGAUAUCGAUUUAGAUCAAGCAAGUAACGUUUUAGAAGAGACUAAAGACUAA